AUGGAGGACGCCUUCAAGAUCCCGGACUCUCAAACGGUCAUACUUCAGCAUGAAGCUGGGAUCCUGGAAAUCACUCCUGGCAUGCCAAUUCCGGAGAUAAGUCCCCAUCAUAUGCUUGUAUCCACCAAGGCAGUCGCUUUGAAUCCCUGUGAUUUUAAAAUGCCUCUCAGAUUCCCCACACCGGGACUGUGGGAUGGUUGUGACUUUGCGGGCAUCGUUGUGGCACUGGGAAGCCAAGUCGCUGCUGAUGGUCAAUUUCGUCUAGGAGACCGUGUUUUUGGAGCGGUCCAAGGCUCAAAACAAUCCGACCCUCAAUCUGGGGCAUACUGUGAAUACAUUCGCGCAGAACCAGAUUUCACGUUCCAUAUGCCCAAAGGAAUGUCUUUUACCACUGCCACCGCCCUCUCAGGAACAGGAAUAGCGACCCUCGGGGUUGCGCUAUUUUGGUCACUGCAGCUUCCAGGCAAGCUGGAUGACCCAGCCAGCAAGGCUGAGGAUGUCCUCAUAUAUGGUGGAAGCAGUACCAUUGGCUUGAUCGCGAUUCAAAUGGUGAAACUCUGUGGCCACCGAGUCAUCACUACGUGCUCUCCUCAUAAUUUCGACCUGGUCAAAAACUACGGAGCGGAUUCUGUGUUUGAUUAUAACUCUCCCACUUGCGCGAAAGACAUCCGAGCUGCGACCAAGAAUACACUUCGAUAUGUGCUUGACCCAUUCUCGGAAGCGAAAACGUUGCGCUUAUGCCACGAAGCGAUGGGUCGGACCGGCGGUCGGUACUGCGCCCUAGAGCAAUACCAAGAGAGUCUCUGUACGCGGAGAACCAUAAAGCAUGAGCUAGUGAUGGGAGGGGCUAUAUCCGGGAACGGUGUUGAACUUCCAGAGCCUUAUGGUAUCCCUCCUCGUCCAGAAAUAGGAGAAUGGGCUCGCCCCUGGUAUCAGUGCGUCCAGGAAACCAUCACGGGAGGCAAGCUCAGCCCUGUCCCUUUGGAAAUCAUUCCGGGGCGGUUUGAUGGCAUACUUAACGGGUUGGAAAUUCUUAAGAAGGGUAAGGUAUCUGGAAAGAAGCUUGUUGUUUCCAUAUAA